UUCCUAUUUGAAAUCUUUCGUCUUUUCAUUUAGCGGGAAGCAAAGAAGCAUUUCUACAAUGGAAAAUCGGUCCAACCCCUUCGAACCAGAGGUUAUUGAUGCUAUUUUCAAGCUCGUAUGGACUAGAAAGGCUCGAGAGCGUGGAAAGAAGGAAGAAACUAAAGAGGGCAUGGAACCAGAGAUCUGUGUGCUCAACGGACAUAGCCGUCUGCAUGGCCCCCUGGCUGGGAUGCCAUGGCCAGUUCACCGGCUAGCUUGGACUGUGGUGGUUGGUAAGGAUUUGGGCCCAAGUUUUUUUUUUGCUAGCUUGAAGUUUUCACCAUGGUUAAGCCAUAACUUAAACCUUUCAACAGUUUAGUGAAAAGUUGAAACUUCUCACGGCCGUCGAAUGGUGUGGAGACUUUGGUAGAGACCUAGCAUUUUGAAGCGGUUGAGGAUAUCUUUCUUUCCUCACUGCCAUGUGCUAAGCUAUGUGUCACCCAUGCAUCACUCUUAUCUCUUGGAUCCAAUGUUUUAAUACAGGUA